UAAUAAUAAACAUAAACAGUGACCAUCAGUGACUCUUAAAACUAGCUACAGAGAAUCUGGCUUUUAGAUUCUGCCCCUAGUGGACAUUUGUGUAACUGCAGUUAUUAUUCUGGAAAGAAUUUAUUUCACAAUUUGGUUGUAUUUUUUAUUAUUUGGAAAGUAAUAAUAAAAUGGAUCUACUGUAACUGUCCCGGGCGAAAGCAGCUGGAGGAGCUGGUUUAAAAUCUCAUGAACUUUACCUCCACUCCUUUCAUAGAUAAGUUAUCUCUUCUGAUCUUUACAGGCUUCACAUAUGCUCCCGUCUUAGUCAUAUACCGAUUUUUUUUUUUUUUAAGGACGCUCACCUACAUUUCUACCAAAUGAAUGACCUCAUACAGCCUGUGUGAGUAGAAGCUUCUACUUUACUAGUUUGACUGAAGCUAUUUGACGUCCAAUCCAAACAUAUGUAGCAUCACAUAUAUUUAUCUACAGAACAGUUUUACCUUUAGUUCAGGGGCCACAUGCAGCCCAGUUAGAUCUCAAUAAUAACACAAUAACCUAUAAUUAACAUAAAAUUUCUGCAAAGAUUUGUCCCCUAGUGGAGAAAUUAGGAAUAACAGUUGCUUUUAUUGAAAGUUAGUGUCGCCUACGUGCUCCCAUGGGACAAACCGGAGCCUCACAUGGUCUAGUUUUUUAGUGAUAUCACAGUUUGUCCUCGUCCUGCAGGAUAAACGAGGACGGGUCGGGUGGAGUCGUCCCCGUGUCCCCGGGUCCCCGGAUGGAGGCAGCGAGCGGAGGCGGCGGCGGCGGUGGUGAUGCCGUUCGGUUCCCGCAGGUGCAGCCUCUUGGACGUGCAGCAGAGCCCAUGAAUGGUGGAUUCAGACAUGGGGCCACGUUCUCCAGGCCGCGGGGCUAAUCCCAGCCCCCCUAAUCGGAUUAUUGAGAAGCAUGAGACGAAUCAGCAGCUGAGUGGACGUUUUGACGCCGGACAUCGAUGACCAGAGGAUCACAGCUCUGAGCGCAUUUCUACACAAACACAAACCAGAUUUCCCUUCCGCUCCGGCCGCCAUGACCAGGAAGGUGUUCACCAACACGCGGGAGCGCUGGCGCCAGCACAACGUGAACACGGCCUUCGCCGAGCUCCGCAAGCUCAUCCCGACGCACCCGCCCGAGAAGAAGCUGAGCAAGAACGAGAUCCUGCGCCUCGCCAUGCGCUACAUCAACUUCCUGGUGCAGCUGCUGCAGAGCCAGAGCCCGGAGCCGGCCGGACGCUCGCCCUCCGCCCUGCUCACCUUCCUCAGGGGCAACAUGGAGCAGCUGUGCUCCCCCCCCCUCAACCACAGCAACGCCUGGACCAGCGACACCGACGCCCCGUCUCCCGGCUCCAGCUGCGACAGCGCCGAGGCCUGGUAGGGUAGGGACUCUCCGAUCAGAUCAGAUCACAUCACAUCACAUCACAUCUGGAACUCUUGUUCUGCGUGGAUGUGAAACCUGGACGUAUAAAACUCCCUGAAUAUUCCUCACCCCACUUCGCCUGGAACUCUUUUUCUUUUUUGCAAUGAGGAGGGAGGAGGUGUUAUGUUAAAAAUAAAUAAAUAAAUAAAUAAAUAAACGCAGGGGAUUAAGGAAUUUCUCAUCUGAGGCGUUUGAAUAGAAAACGUUCUCCAGGCUUCGUCAUCUCUAAAAAAAAACAAAAAAACACCGGCACCUGUUUCCUUGAUUCAUUUUUUAUUAAUUUGUUUUAUUCCUGAGAGAAUCGGUUAUGAAGAAGGACUCUUUUAUUAGAGGAACUCCUCGUGUUUGUCUUCUUAUUUAUUUUUAUAUUUUUAUAUAUAUUUGUGUGUGUGUGUCACUUCCAGCCAAAGAUAAUGAGCUGAUUGUCUCCUGUGCAGAGUGAGUUUACUAUCCUCUCGUCGUACCUCUUCUCUAACUUAUUUUUUGCUGUUGCCUGUGAAUGUUUAUUUAUUUGAAGUAUUUAUUUAAUAAAAAAGGGGGAUUUGUUAAUAAA